AGAACGUAACCCGAUUGUGUUUGACAUCGCGCAUCAUGCAUGUCACCAUUAUGUGUGCAUGUGCACGCGGGAUUCCCACUGAAAGAGAAAAACAACAGAAAGUUUUUUUACUUCAUUUUUAAAUAAGUCGUCUUCACGUUUGCUGAUGAAUUUUUAAAACAGUAGGGGAAAGAAGGACCUGUUUUACUUGUGUAAGUUGGACAGUCAUGGUAAUGGCCACCAACCCUCAGUCUGCGCCAACAGCUGCGCCUGCCGGUGCGCAGAGAACUGCGGCGCCCAACACGUCUGACGCCAGUGUCGCAGGAAACAACGCCGUGGUCAGUCCCGAGUCCGUCGGCCGAGAGUUCGUGCGUCAGUAUUACACGCUGUUGAACCGAGGGCCUGAGCACUUACACAGGUUCUAUCUGAAUAACUCGUCGUUUGUGCAUGGUGGUGUGGAUCAUGACGGCAACCUGGAUGAGCCAGUCUAUGGCCAGAUGGACAUCAAUGAGAAGAUCUUGUCUCUCAACUUCCGUGACUGUCAUGCUAAGAUCAGGCAGGUGGAUAGCCACGCGACACUGGGGGAAGGUGUCGUUGUGCAGGUGACCGGAGAGCUGUCCAACAACGGUGAACCGAUGCGUCGCUUCAUGCAGACUUUCGUCCUGGCGCCCCAGUCUGCCAAGAAGUACUACGUGCGCAACGACAUCUUUCGGUACCAGGAUGAGGUCUUCAACGACUCCGAUUCGGAGCCAGAAAAUGACGGAUGCGGCAGUGUUUCUGAGGGAGAGGAAGCUCCGGCUGAACGCCCCAUCAGCACGGACAUCUCGGUGGCGGAUCCUGCAGUGACCCCGUACUAUGAAGGGCACCAGGCUGUGGUCAGCAACGGCACUGCCCACCUGGAAUCCCCGGAGGCGACCCCGAGCAAGCCGGCCGAGAUGAGCGAUGCGGUCGGCAUGGAGAUCACCCAGGAGUCGCCUCCGGCAAUGAGCGACGAGGGGGCGGCCCAGCCACCGCCUCCUGCCAUGGAGAACCACGAGCAGGAGACGGAGGAGGAACAGCCGGAACCGGAGGAGCCUGCCGACAAGGGGCCCAAGGUGCCAUCUUGGGCUGACAAGGCCAGGAAUGUCCCUACGGCCGCCUCCACUGCGCCAAGUACCAGCUACCCCUCGAUGCAGGCCCAGGGGUCUCCCAACCAGAAGCCGGCCGAACCUUCCGCCCCGAUCAGCGGCCCUGGUGGCCCACCCCGCAGCGGUGGGAUAGAGCCCCUCCCCCAGCGAGAACCCCGCCGGGACCGGGACAGGGAGGGGCCGCGGGACCAGCGAAUGCGGCCCACAGGCGGCAGGCGACCCAUGGAGGGGCCGGACCAGGGCAGCCGGCCGCGGGCAUCCCAGAUCCCCGAUAGUCACCAGCUGUUUGUGGGCAACCUGCCCCAGGAUGUCAACGAUGACGAGCUGAGGGACUUCUUCUCGACUUUCGGCAACGUGGUCGAUAUGCGGAUCAACAGGAACACUGGUCCUAAGCCCCUGCCCUACUUUGGCUUCAUCGUGUUCUCAGACCGCACCCCGGUGCAGACAAUCCUGAAGCAGAAGACGAAAGGGCCCAUCUUGCUUCGUGGCGAGCACCGUCUCAACGUCGAAGAGAAGAAAACCAAGAGGCCCGGCAGCGGGGGCCCUCCUAGGGGCGGAGCUGCUGGGAGGGGUGGCCCGAGAGGAGGCAUGGGGGGCGGCAUCAACAAGGGAGGUGGUCCUGGACGUGGCUACAACCCGCAGCGCUAAGUUUUGGGUACCUGGACCCCCGGGUGCCAAUUUCAUACAGCCACUAAGCAGAAAUUUUGCACAGUAAGCAAACAUGGGCAGGAAACCAGUCACUUACUCACACGGUGCAUGGCAUUUGGCUGGUAACCUACUUUGGUGUGAGCAGAUUUUUUUCUGCGAUGCAGCUGGAUGAAACUGGCCGCCUGGAUUAAUGCUGGUGAACUGAGGGGUGGAGACAGGAAUCGAAUGGUGGGGGGGGGAGCAAGUGUCAACAUUUUCUAAAGCAAUGCAAGACUCAACAUUACGGAAACUGUCCGGCUCCUAUACGGUCCACUCUUUUGACAGGGAAGUGAUUCUAAGUGGAUUGGAGAAGAUAAAGAGAUGAUAGUGCAUGUUUUGGCAUUGUAUUUGUAAAACGUUGCAGAAAUAGAAAAGUCCAUUUUCAACGUUUUUGAAUAUUUCGUAUCAGUUGACAUUUAUAUUUGUAUUUUUCUAAGUCCUUGUUUUUGUUGUGGUUCAGGGGAUAACAUGCUUAAUCACCAUCCGUUCCUGAUCUCGACCCACAGUGGCCCAAGUAACCGACGUUCUCUGAAACUACCGUGUUGUUAACAUGAGUUGUGUGUUUUGUAUGCAAUUCUGAAGGCACCCACAGUUAGUGUAGUCUGUUUCUGUCCCGGUGAAUGUUUCUCUGGUCUUGUUAAAUGAAUAAAAAAAAAACCCAGUAGUCGGGCAGUUUGCCCUGUAAAAAUGUCCCUUGUUUUGGUUUGUGACUGUUCUGAUCAACCCUAGGUUUUAUGCGUAAAAAGACAGUGCCUUCUUUAUCCGAUAUAGCAUUCUCUAUGGAUUGACAGCAGUUCUCCAAGUAUUUGUAUACACAAGACGCAAGUUCAGCACACACUGAUGAUUUUUGCACGAGAACAAAGCAGCAGCGAUUCUAUUGGUUUUCUCAUGUAGGUCGGAGGUGUGAGGACCUUUUGAUAUUCAUACAUGUCUCCUUUCUUUGGCAAACUUAUCGAGACGUGCUUAAACUGUUUGCCUUGCUCGUCUGUUAUUGUGGGAAGCAGUUCUUGAGAUCUGCAAAAAAAAGUGGGGAUAAAAGUAUUUAUGUGGACAAUACUUACCAAAGCCUGUUUUCCCCGAAGAAAAUCUAAUGCAAGAGACCCAGAGUGUGUAAUCACCAUAGUUGUUUUUAUAGCGGUGCCAGAUUUUUUCCCCCUGUUUAUCCCUUGCAUUCAGAAUUGCAUGCUAAAAAACUUAACUUUGUAGUCUGUCUGCUGUAGUACUUCUGUAAUUUCUUUUGUGAUGGAAAAUUCUUACCUUUGCUAAUCGUUUUUCGCCACACAGAUUUCCUAGCUUGUUUUUGUGGUUUUUUUAAUCAACAUCUUUCUGUUAACGUGCCGAGUUAUUUGGAGUAUGAAACCUUAUCUCAAGAGGUUUUUGAAUGUAAAAUGUGAGAUGAUUUGCAAAAGAAAUUGACACAAGUCACAGUAUUGGUUCCUGCUAUCCAGAACAUUGUUCGACAGGGAAAAAAAAGUUUUUAUGUAGUUUGAAGGAGGGGAAGAAGAGUUUUGUCAAGUAGUCAGUUACCUUCAAAAUGAGAAAAAAUACUGAUGAGGGUCCACUCUGUGUAAAAAUAGGGGUAAAAUAGGAUUUUUCUUUCCUUAAAAAGUAACCGUUGAACCAGUCAAAAUGUUAAUGUGCACCUACUCUUUCUUUGAUUUCCGAUCUGGGGUUUACCUCAACAAAACCGUUCGAAAUCUGAUCUCUGCACAACACAUUUUUUUUGAAGGCACUCAUUUUGAAUUUUCAUGGGGCUGGGAUAAAGAGAAAUGCAUGCACAGACAAAGAAGGGCUAGAUUGGAACAUCACAUGCCAUGGUAAAAUUAUGAGGGUAGAGUUUUUAAGUACCCUGUAGACUGUGGUUUGUAGAUGUGUCUUUUUCCAGCUUAUUGUUUGGGAGGGGGGUCUUUUUUAAUGAAACAUGUAUUUUGGUGCUUAGGAAAUUGAUUGUGUAGCUAUUUCUUUGAAUACAGUAAUGAAGUGGAUGGCAAGGUCUUGCAACAAUUAGGUUGCUUGAUCUUUGCUUCUGUAGGGGUUCAGUUUAUGACUUUUCUUUGGGGGGGGUUGAGGGGAAGGGAUUUCAGGGGUGGGGGUAGGGUUGGGGAUUUGGAAGUUGGAGGGAAGGAGGGAUGGGUCACUCGGGAAAGAGACAGACUGAUAGGACGGGGGAAAAGAUGAGUCGGGGAAGCCAACAAAGCUGUAUCUCUGAAACUGGUGGCAGAAGUUUGAUGCACUUAAGUCGCACUGGGAGGCUUGAACCCAAGGAAGUUUAUUCAUUGCUGCCAUUUCGGUCAGAGUCGUUUUUCUCUCUCAAAAUGGGGCAGGGAUCGGUUUUCUGAGGGUGGGGAAACAGUUGGGAUCAGGUCUGACGUUUUUCUAUCAAGUAUUUAUACCUGUCUGAAGGAUGUGUUGGCCUUGUUCCACCAAAAACGAAACUGAACUUUUUUUCUGAACUUAAGCUCUAGAUGCACAGAAGGUGGCUUCUUUGAGAAGCCAAUUUCCAGGGAAUCAUUUGUGUUGAGAACACAGUCAAGACAUAUCUUGCUGUGUUAACAUCGAUGACGCAGACAGGUUGGGGUUUGAAAGUUAAAAAACUAAUUUUGUAAGAAAAAAAAAGUAAUUUUUGUUAGGUAUUAUUGUGUCAGUUUAUGUGCAGAAUGAAGUGUUCGCUUCAUUGUGGUCGUUUGUGACGAGGAACGUUGUUGACAGAGAUUUGUCGGAAUUAUUAUUUAUGCGAUAGUUGCACUUAAAAAAGGAAAACCUUGAUGCAGUGUUAACUUGACCGUGUGGUGUCCAGGCAUGGAGGUUUGUGCUUUAGUAAAAGCUUCCAAUUUGAAAUCGUUGGCGUGCUGAUCAUGCAUCUGUCGAGUUCUUUCAACCAGCAUUUGUUAGUUACGAAAAUGCCAGUCACACCACACCGUCCUGUUUCCAGUUACAAUUCUUAAGACGACCAGACUUUUUGUUUGCUUAAUUUUGACUUGUUUAUAUAGAUUCUUGAGUGGAAGUAAGAAAAAAACAAACGGAUUGCACUGGACAUUUGGAUUACACACAGAAAUUGUUAGCUGCAAACAAAUCUGACAAAAUCGUGAUGGGGUAAACACUGUUAUGGUCAGUGUGUGAAAAUUUGUGUCGUAAAAGUUGGUGUCGAGAUGUUUCUGUGCAAAGAAAGUGAUAGCAUGGGUACCCGUAUCGGCACUACGAACAGGAUGUUAACUCGUGAUUUUGACGUGCAUCUUGCGUGAGAAUUCUAGGAACUGGAAUUGAACGUAGCAUUUUCCAAACGAACAGUGCAGCUGUCUUGUUUUAAAAAAUGUGUUGUCACUUUUACUUUUUUGUGGUCUCUUGUGUAAAUGCUGGGGAGUUUUGACGGUGAGCUCAUGGUAUAUUGAUCUGACAUCAUGGACACUAGCAUCUCAUAAUGUGAGACCGUAAAUGAUUGGUUGGGAUUUUAACCGAAUUUGCACGCACAUGGAGAUGGCCAGCAAAUCAGAGUUAUUGUUUAAUCCUCGGCACAAAACUGGCCUCAUUUUGUAUUUGUGGAGUGAAAUGAAUGGUUUUUCGGAUGAUUGGUGGAGAUUCAUCUUGUCAGUGGGUCAAGUCUUCAUGAAACAGUGCAUGUGGUUGGACAUUGUCCACGUUUAGUUAAGAGCACUAGCCAAUCAGGAUCAGCGUUGCAUAUGAGCAUGGAAAGUUUGUGGACAUGGUUACGGUCUACCCCAUGGUUGUUCACAGUGCCAAUACGGAGCCCAGUUCAUGUUUAACAUUUAACGUUUUAGCUCAAAGUUCCGAUUGAGCUCUGUCUGUUUAACUGUUGCUACGACUAAAGGAGACAAAAAACACGAUUACUACAAUUAUUAAACGGUUACAUUUAAACUUUAACAAGCACGGAAUAAGUCCGGUUUGGAACAUAUAUUUGUGAUUACAGCAAAGAUGGUUUGCCAACAUUUUAUGAUAUUUAAUAAUUGUACAUUUCUUGAGAAGAAUAUAAGAGAAAGCAGCGACAAAAGACACAAGUUGGCAUAGUUUCCCAGAAGGCUUCUGCAAAUCACAAUUAUUUUGCCGCGACAUUCCGUGCUUAUCAUAAAGCUGGAAAACUUUAUAGACGAAGCAUUACCCGACUUAACCUUUUUUGUGGUAAUUGCCCUUUAAAUGCUAAAGAAAGUUUAAUGUGUUUUUGUUUUCAGUCUCAAAUCCCCUGAUAUUGUUUUGUAGUUUCAAAGCCACUCAACAAGCCCAGUUCAACUUUUUGGUUGUUUGUUUUCACUGCAGUUGGGUUUAAAAAGGUCUCCUAAUUCGAACAGUUCAGAACUUUUAAUCACCGCAAACUCUGUCUUGGAGAAUAGUAAGGAUAUGUCAAUAUUGUUAACCCAGUCGUCGUUUGGUGAAGUUUAACUCUGAAUGUUUGACCGGGAAAUGUCUGCUUGGGUUUCACCAGAUACCCAUGAAAGUUUCAAGUUUCCUGUCUUGUCCAAGAGUCUUACAUCGGCAUUCAGGGAUUUCUUGAUGAAUUGGUUAUUUACAGUUUUAUGGUUUCAUUGAUCCGUUCGCAGUUUCAUUUUGGUUGGAGGCCGAGGCAGUAGACAGGCUAACCCUGUUCACAUUGUGUUCCAAUGCAUGGGAUUGAAGUCGGGAUACCAUGCUUGCUGUCAAAACGCAGGUGUUCAGAAGUUUGAAUUCACCAAACCAACGCAAGGUUAACAGUGUAAUACCAACUGAUGUGACAUUCAUUGCCAUACGUGCUUUAUUGAGUUGCGAUAGCAUAAACAAUAAACCAGGUCCCUUAGACAUCUAUUAAACUCAGAAAAA